AUGCGGCGGUCCCUCUCCCUACUCGCACGGCAGGAGUCGGCGGCGGCGCGGCGCGUGACGGUGACCACCCUCCGCGGGAAGCACCGCCGUGGGGAGCCCAUCACCGACGUCACCGCCUACGACUACCCCUCGGCGGUCCACGUCGACUCCGCAGGCAUCGACGUCUGCCUCGUCGGGGACUCCACCGCCAUGGUCAUCCACGGCCACAACACCACGCUCCCCAUCACGCUCGACAUCAUGCUCGAGCACUGCCGCGCCGUGGCCCGGGGUGCGCCGCGGCCGCUCCUCGUCGGGGAUCUCCCGUUCGGCUGCUACGAGUCCUCCGCCGCGCAGGUUGUUUUGACAGCACUUGCCUUGCAGGAGGCUGGAUGCUUCUCGGUUGUGUUGGAGUGUGUGCCUGUUCCAGUGGCAGCCGCUGCAACAUCAGCAUUGAAAAUCCCAACCAUUGGGAUUGGGGCUGGACCAUUCUGUAGUGGGCAGGUCUUCGUAUACCAUGACUUGUUAGGGAUGCUACGACACCCACACCAUGCCAAGGCAAGUCUUUAUUUACUCCUGUGCAAAAAAAGAAAAGGUUGA